UGGGUGGCACGGCGGCGGAGCGGCUCGGGCCGGCCGAGCAGCCAUGGGCGCCCAGGUGCCGGGCUCCCCGAGAGCCAAGGCCCCCGGCCGGGGUGGGGGGCGCCCGGGCUACCAGCCCCGCUGACACCGCCUCGGACGAUGUGAGCCGGCGCCUCCGCCGCUGCUUCGCGGGCAGGGCGCGCGGUCCCACCCGCCCCGGCCGCCGCUUUUCUAAUUUGGGUGGGGGAGACCGUACCAGGCCGCUCGGCCUUUGGCAGAGGGGCUGGCUGCCUUUGGCAGCUUGAUUAGGGGAGGCGACCCACACAGGGAGCUGGGAGAUUUUUUUUUUUUUAGCCUUUUUUUUUUUUUUUUUUUUUUUUUUUUAAAGCGAGGUUACUGUUUUUGGCAGCUGCUUUUGGGGGAAGCCUACAAAAGGCCUUUUGGGGUUCCUUUAUUCUGGGGGAGGGGGCGGUGGUCCCGACUUGGCCAGCCGCCUGUUGGAAGGGGGGAGCGGGAAGCGUGGGGAUGCGAACCCGGCUCCCCCCACUAUGAUGAAGACGGAGCCGCGGGGGCCCGGGGGUCCCCUCCGGAGCGCCUCCCCGCACCGCAGCGCCUACGAGGCGGGCAUCCAGGCUCUGAAGCCGCCCGACGCGCCCGGGCCCGACGAGGCACCCAAGGCGGCCCACCACAAGAAAUAUGGCUCCAACGUCCACCGCAUCAAAAGUAUGUUCCUGCAGAUGGGCACCACGGCAGGCGCGCCGGGCGAGGCGGGCGGCGGCGCGGGCCCCACCGAGGCCCUGCGGGCGCCCGAGCGCGGCGUGCGCCUGUCGCUGCCGCGGGCCAGCAGCCUGAACGAGAACGUGGACCACAGCGCCCUGCUCAAGCUGGGCACCAGCGUGUCGGAGCGCGUGAGCCGCUUCGACUCCAAGCCCGCGCCCUCCGCGCAGCCUGCGCCGCCGCCGCACCCGCCGUCCCGGCUGCAGGAGACGCGGAAGCUGUUCGAACGGAGCGUCCCGGCGGCCACGGGCGGCGAUAAGGAGGCCGCGGGGCGGCUGCUGAGGCAGGAGCGCGCGGGCCUGCAGGACCGGAAGCUGGACGUCGUGGUGCGCUUCAACGGCAGCACCGAGGCGCUGGACAAGCUCGACGCCGACGCCGUGUCACCGACCGUCAGCCAGCUCAGCGCUGUCUUCGAGAAGGCCGACUCGAGGACCGGCCUCCACCGCGGGCCCGGGUUGCCCAGGGCCCCGGGCGCUGGGGCUCCCCAGGUCAACUCGAAGCUGGUCAGCAAGCGAUCCCGGGUGUUCCAGCCGCCCCCGCCGCCGCCCGCCCCGUCGGGGGAUGCCCCGGCCGAGAAGGAGCGUGGCCCCGGGGGCCAGCAGCCCCCGCAACACCGAGUGGCCCCCGCCCGGCCGCCCCCCAAGCCUCGGGAGGUGCGCAAGAUUAAGCCGGUGGAGGUGGAGGAGAGCGGGGAGUCGGAGGCCGAGGCAGCGCCCGCGGAGGUGAUCCAAGCGGAGGUGACGGUCCACGCGGCCCUGGAGAAUGGCAGCGCCUUGGCAACCAGUGCCAGUCCCGCGCCCGAGGAACAGAAGGCCCAGGCGGCCCCCGAGGAGGAGGCAGCGACCGUGGCGGCGCCUGAGAGAGGGGUGGGCAAUGGUCGGGCCCCGGACGUGGCCCCGGAGGAGGCGGACGAGUCCAAGAAGGAGGACUUCUCGGAGGCGGACUUGGUGGAUGUGAGCGCCUACAGUGGGCUGGGGGAGGACUCUGGGGGCAGUGCCCUGGAGGAGGACGAUGAAGACGACGAUGAGGAGGGGGAGCCCCCCUAUGAGCCCGAGUCGGGCUGCGUGGAGAUCCCGGGGCUCUCGGAGGAAGAGGACCCGGCCCCGAGCCGGAAGAUUCAUUUCAGCACGGCGCCCAUCCAAGUGUUCAGCACGUACUCCAACGAGGACUACGAUCGGCGCAACGAGGACGUGGAUCCCAUGGCCGCCUCCGCUGAGUACGAGCUAGAGAAGCGGGUGGAGAGGUUGGAGCUGUUCCCUGUGGAGCUGGAGAAGGACUCCGAGGGCCUGGGCAUCAGCAUCAUCGGCAUGGGGGCCGGGGCGGACAUGGGCCUGGAGAAGCUGGGCAUCUUCGUCAAGACGGUGACCGAGGGCGGCGCGGCCCAUCGGGACGGCAGGAUCCAGGUGAACGAUCUCCUGGUGGAGGUGGAUGGAACAAGUCUGGUGGGAGUGACCCAGAGCUUUGCAGCCUCCGUGCUCCGAAACACCAAGGGCCGCGUCCGGUUUAUGAUUGGCCGGGAGCGGCCGGGUGAGCAGAGUGAGGUGGCCCAGCUAAUUCAGCAGACCCUCGAACAAGAGCGAUGGCAGCGGGAGAUGAUGGAGCAGAGAUACGCCCAGUACGGCGAAGAUGACGAGGAGACGGGGGAAUACGCCACCGACGAAGAUGAGGAGCUGAGCCCCACGUUCCCGGGCGGUGAGAUGGCCAUCGAGGUGUUCGAGCUGGCAGAGAACGAGGAUGCCUUGUCCCCUGUGGACAUGGAGCCCGAGAAGCUAGUGCACAAGUUCAAGGAGCUCCAGAUCAAGCAUGCUGUGACUGAGGCAGAGAUCCAGCAGCUGAAAAGAAAGCUGCAGAGCCUGGAGCAGGAGAAGGGGCGGUGGCGGGUGGAGAAGGCCCAGCUGGAGCAGAGUGUGGAGGAGAACAAGGAGCGCAUGGAGAAGCUGGAGGGCUACUGGGGCGAGGCCCAGAGCCUGUGCCAGGCCGUGGACGAGCACCUGCGGGAGACCCAGGCCCAAUACCAGGCCUUGGAGCGCAAGUACAGCAAGGCCAAGCGCCUCAUCAAGGACUACCAGCAGAAGGAGAUCGAGUUCCUGAAAAAGGAGACGGCACAGCGCCGGGUUCUGGAGGAGUCGGAGCUGGCAAGGAAGGAAGAGAUGGACAAGCUCCUGGACAAGAUCUCAGAACUGGAAGGCAACCUGCAGACACUGAGGAAUUCCAACUCUACUUAACAGGAAUCAUUCCUUGAGCGGACAAUACUGAAUCCCCUCCCAUCGUCCUCCCUCCCCUGUCCUCAAUAGUUCACCCCGCCCCCUACCAGCCUGGGGACAGGUGCCCCGACUUCCCCACCCCUCCACCCCACUUUCCCCAGCUUCAGGGACCAGAGGGCCCGAAUCACAAGGCCCCCUUUAGGUGGCCCGGGCAACACAGGUGGUGGCAGGAAGGAUGGCCUCCUCCUUGCCCAUGGGGCUGAGGCAUGGGCCAUGGGAUGCUAAAGGGCUGGCCUGGGUGGUGGAUGGACACAAGGACCUGCAGACCAAACUGCCAGACUUUACAACCUCCAGCCUUUGUCUCUGGACCGGACUGGGGCUGGGGGCUCUUCCAGCAUCUCACCAUCUGGAGGCUGCUCCCUGCUCACGGGGCUCCUGGGUGGCCCCUGGGCCUCUUGACUUGAGCUUCUACCUUCUUGGCCCUUCCCCCCUCCCUCAUCAUUGUGCUGUUCUGUUGCAUUCUGACCCUCCUGCUGGGAGGGGCUGCCUCCACACCUCCUCCCACCCCCAUCCCUCUGCCCUCCCAGGAGGGCCAGAGUCCACCCAGAGGCUGGAGGCUGGGCCUGGCCCUGCACUGAUUUCUCACGCAUCCUUCGUGGAAAGGGGAGCGUCCUGGACACCUGGUGUCCAGCUCCCCCUUUUCCUGGGGCAACAGCCCUUAAUUGCUCCUUGUGCCUCCCCUCCCCCAGGUGCCAAAUAGCCAUAACCUCCUCCUAGAACUGUUCUGCGGCCUCUCCGGGGUCCAGGUUUCCUGGCCAAGCCUGGCAACACAAGAGAGGAGAGGAGGUCAGCUUAGGGGGACCCGGUUUUGGGCAAGGGGAACAUUUCUCACCUGGAGAGCCAGGCCCUGUCCUGCCCUACCCAGGGCUCCACCUGGAAGCCUUGUACUAACAUCGCAGAGAUUCAUUCAGCCUCACCCCCCCACCCCAGUUUUCCAAUGUUCAGACCGGAGGGCAAAAUUUUACUCCUCCUCCUCCUCAUCUCUUUGGAGACCAGGGCUGCCCUGCUGGCAGCCUGCUUUCUAAAUGAAAUCGACGCCGUUUCCCCACUUGAACCCCAAAUUGGGGCUUGGACCAAGGGAGGUGAGACCCGCCCCCCACGUCCCCUCCCCUUUCAGAAUCCAUCUCUCAUUUCGCCUCUUCCUCGUGCCCCUGCCGCAGCCUGGGUUUUUGUUCUUUUUUUAAAAAAAACGGACAACCCCGUUCCAUCCCUUUGGGCUUCUCCUCGUCCCCUUGUAAAUAGACCACGCCAUCGAUCAGUAUUUCUCGGCACCCUCUUCCUGCCCCCAGACGUGCGCCCACCCUACGAAAGAGCUGGCUGUCUCAGCGCCCCCGCCCGUGCACUUCGCCUCCUCCGCCCAGGCAGAGGGAGGGGGCGGGGCUGGGUGGGCGGGGCCCCGGGGCGCUUCCGGUUUCUCCGCCGGGGGCCACCCCUGCCCCGCCUCCCGCAGGACUGCGUCUCUGUACAUAAUAUAUAUAUGUAUGUAUUGUUCCCGGUUUUGUACGGACCAUGCCCUCUGUCAGGUCGUCCCCAUAAAAGCAGCCCCCAGAGCCUC